AUGGUCAUCAAGAGAGUACUAAGCCCUGGUGGAAGGAAGGUUCGAAUCGCUUGGGCCUGCCGACCUUUCAUUAUCGAGCAACGGUCGGACAAUCCUGAGCACUUCCUCCCAAUCGAUGUAAUUAGGAUCAAAGUCGCCUUCGGGAUAUCUACAUGCAAGGAUAGCUCGGACAGUCCUGAGGAAUUCCUCCAUAUCGAGGCUACCGGCGACAGAGGCUCGUACAACCGGGGAAGCCGUCUAGCUGUCUGGGUGGGCGAUAUAAGGGGGAAGUCGUUCACGCCUGCGAUACGUGGGGAGCGCAUCAUCGAUAGGAUGACUCUCGUAAUAAAACGGAUAGUCAAAUCCAUGCGUAUCGUGGGGUGUGUACGAAGGGGGAUCAAACAUAGGCUCGUCUGUUUCACCGUAUCGCGUGAGGUCAGGCGGAAAACUGCUUCCACGCGUGGAAGCCGUCCCCCGAGCCAGCGGGAGCCAGGAGGUAAAAACUGGGCUGUGGGAGUUCGACUUGGAGAGGCCGAAGCCAGAGACGGAAACGGGAGGGGAGGUGAUGAUGGUGUUACUCGCGACCGCCGGGCUGCCUGUCAUGAUGCUCUCAAAAAGAAAAGACCAUUCGCACGACACGCGGCGGUGGGAGUCAUUAACAUCACUCCGGAAAUGCGGGAUAUGGAUGAACACUAUAUAAACCUUCUAAUCCUGGCUCAAGAACAUCCGCCUCUCCUUCUCCUUUCGCCACAACUAGCUAUGCAAAACGUCAUCCCGACAUUCAACGAGCGUGUAUUGGCCCACCUGCAGGCGGUCGACGCAUUAACCAACUUCGAUUCCGUGCAGACUCUGGUUGCAGUCGCUCAAAGCAGCACCGACAUCGACCAGUCUCUUUGCGAUCCGAAGAAUGCCGCAGAACUGCUAAACCGUGAUGGACACCUGUUCCUCACCGUGGUAUUGGCGAAGGCUUGUUAUGCCCAAGAUUUCCUACCAAUCCUGAGCAUCGAUGUCAUCCAGUCGACGACGGCGAAUGUUAAACCGCGCAUACAUGACCCUCCUACGCGUCAUUCUGCGUUCCUCUACGCGUCGACGCCUAUGCCAAUCAUCAACCCGCAAGUCCAGCGCAGGGGUACCGAGGACAGUAUGCUCAGCGUUACCGAGGGCAAGGGUGGUUGUUCCAUUUCCACUCCGCUCAGCUGCAUGCGAGACAUGGUCAGAUCUUGUAUUGUUUCCACCCAAAUCUGCGCGGUUCGCUGCGGCAAUUGUCUCGACAAGUGGUAUCGCGGCGGUGGACAAGAUAAGAAUGCACCAGAGGAUGACGACAUCUUUGACGCUGCUACCACGAUCGGUACUGAUGGCACCGUGGUGGGAGACGAGCUGUAG